AUGGACACAGUUGGGACCUUUGAGAUGGCUUUAGCUUUACACCGGUUUAGUCUUUUUACAACAGUUCACAAGCACUACUCUAUUGAUGACUGGAAAGAGUUUGCCAAGGCCCACCCAGAAUGUAUCGAGAGUGUAGCCGUCAGCACAGGGACUGGCGAAGGAGAUUUUGAUAGAAUUUCAGGAAUUGUUGAAGCGGUGCCCCAGCUGAAGUAUUUAUGCGUAGACGUGGCUAAUGGAUACUCUGAACACUUUGUCCACUUUGUCAAAGAUGUACGAAAUAAAUUCCCUUCACACACCAUCAUGGCAGGAAAUGUUGUGACUGGAGAGAUGGUAGAGGAAUUGAUCCUGGCUGGUGCAGACAUAAUCAAAGUGGGCAUUGGACCAGGAUCUGUGUGCACAACUCGUAAAAAGACAGGAGUCGGAUAUCCUCAACUAAGUGCUGUCAUUGAGUGUGCUGAUGCAGCCCAUGGUCUGGGCGGACAUAUUAUUUCUGAUGGAGGGUGCACUUGUCCUGGAGAUGUUUCAAAAGCUUUUGGUGCUGGGGCAGACUUUGUGAUGCUUGGUGGAAUGCUUGCUGGUCACGUUGAGAGUGGCGGUGAAACUAUUGAGAAGAAUGGCAAGAAAUUCAAGCUUUUUUAUGGAAUGAGCUCUGACACGGCUAUGAAAAAACAUGCCGGAGGUGUGGCGGACUACAGAGCCUCAGAAGGAAAAACAGUAGAGGUCCCAUUCAAAGGCCCCGUGGAUGAGACGAUUAAGGACAUCCUGGGUGGCGUCCGCUCAACCUGCACAUAUGUUGGAGCAGGGAAAUUGAAGGAGUUGAGUCGUAGGACCACCUUCAUUAGAGUCACUCAGCAGCUCAAUACUGUCUUUGGCAAUAGCUAA